GUGUGGAAGCUGGCAAAAAAAAGUUAAACUUUUUGGCAUUUAAAUGAACGCAUAUAGAGCUCAUGACAGUACUGCAGUACCCCAUUUGUGACGUUUGGGGCGAAUGACCGGAAAUGCUGUGUAUUUUCCGACGAAGAAGAAAAAGUACUCUGCAACAUGGCGACACCCAUGCAUAGACUAAUAGCUAGGAGGCAAGCAGAGGCGAACAAACAACAUGUGCGUUGCCAGAAGUGUUUGGAGAUGGGGCACUGGACCUAUGAAUGCACAGGGAAGAGGAAAUACGUUCACAGGCCAUCCAGAACAGUUGAGAUGAAAAAGAAACUCAAGGAGAAUGAAAAUAGAACCCUUAGUAUUACUGGACCAGGAACAGAGAAAUCCAAUGAGAAGAAAAUGAAAAAGAAGGCUAAAGAUUCCAGUGGCAGUAGCAGUGACUCAGACGGCUCCUCUAGUGACUCACCGUCAGACAGCAGCGACUCCUCCAGCUCCUCUUCAGAUGACAGCGACAGCAGCAGUGACAGCGACGAUGACAGCUCUUCCUCAUCUUCCUCUACCUCCUCCUCUUCGUCCUCAGACAGCUCAGGCUCAGGAAGUAGCAGCGAUUCAGAUCAAGGACCUCCAAAGAAGAAGAAGAAAAAGAAAUAAAUCAGUAAUUGUUUAGUUAUUUUAUUAUUUUCAUUAAUAAAUGUUUACUAUACAGUUCUUUUUUUGUUAGGAAAAACUGGACUUGUCAUGGUUUCAAAACACAUGUCCAUUUACUUUUCCUCAUGUAAUAUUUUCUCAAACUGUAGAACUACUGAGAAGAUAAAUAAUGGAGGAAAGCAUUGGGUGUAUUCAUGUUGACUCAGUUUGUACAAAAGUAUUUUUUAGUCAGCUUGAAUCUAUACAGCUGACCUAAGCUAGUAAAACUAUACAAUAACAACAAUCUGAAAGACAUACAUACUCUUAAGGACACAAAAGAAACAUUUUUUUCUUCAGGUUUAAGUUAGUUUGAAAUUUAAGAUUGAGCUAUAAAAUUUAGGAUGUCUGUUCAUUGAACUAAAUGUGACUUUUUUAUUUUCUGCUGUUAUAAAAAAGUUUUGUUUUACAAAAGUGGAACAUAACAUAUUGUAAUAUGUCUUUUUGCAAACUGAAUAAUUCCAAAUAAGCCUAAAAUACUAAUCUUGUCUAAGAAAAAAAUGAUUCCAAGAAUAAAUGUUUAUUUUAGAAGC